UCUCUGGGCAUUUUGGGGAGCUGCUUCGAAAAAAGGUUUUUGCUGCUGAGCAGCUGCUGCAGCUGCUGCUGCUGCCGCCCGUUCAGCAGCAGCACGAACUCUAUUAUCCCCAGCCGCUCCUCCAGGGCCCCCCCCGCGUCUCGCCGCAGAAACCCCAGCCCCGUCAGCGAGGGCAGCAGCGACUGCAGCAGCAGCAGCAGCAGCAGCAGCAGCAGCAGCAGCAGCGGGGGGGGAUGGGGGGGAGGCGCGGGGGGGGGGCCGCAGCAGCAGCAGCAGCAGCGACAGCGGGUGAAUACGAACGAGGACAAGAAACAGCAGCAGCAGCAGCAGCAGCGGAAUAGGGAUGAAGACGAGAGGCAGCAGCAGCAGGACAAGAAGCAGCAGGACAAGAAGCAGCAGGAGAAUGAACAGCAGCAGCAGCAGCAGCAGCAGGAUAAAAGGGGAAAGACACAAUUGGAUUUAAAAGUGAAAACGAAACGAAAAGACGCAGGAAGUGGAAAGUGGAGAAAGAAAUGGAGGAAAUGA